UGCUGCCGCCGCCGCCCCCUGGGCAAAGGAGGGGGCUGGGGUUGGGGCACGGGGGUGAGGAGAGGCAGAGGGAACUGGGCUGAUUCAGUCUGGAGCUGGGGACAGCCAUCCAAGAAGCCCAAGACUGAAUGGAUUCAGUCUUUGCAGGUCAUAGAUACUGGAGUACUGUAUUUUUUUAAAUCACUGAACCCAUGGGGACUGCAGACAUUUCACUGGAAGAUAUCCACAUGAACAGCAAGGAUCUAUUGAAAAAAGAACAACUAGAUGCUGGAGGAUUUGGGAUGGUUUCUUUAUGUUUGCACAAGACACAAGGGCUUGUGGUGUUAAAAACAGUGUACACAGGACCCCAACGCACUGAAUUUAAUGCUUCCCUUCUGGAGGAAGGCAAGAUUAUGCGCAAACUAAAACAUGAUCGCGUGGUGAAAUUACUAGGUGUCAUUCUGGAAGAUGGGAACUAUUCCCUGGUGAUGGAGUAUGUCCACAAGGGGAGUCUGAUGCACGUGCUAAAAACAUCCACAAUUCCUAUGCCUCUGAAAGGGCGGUUUAUCCUGGAGAUCAUUGAAGGAAUGGUUUAUUUAAGUGAGCAAGGUUUAGUACAUAAAGACCUGAAACCGGAAAACAUCCUUGUGGACAAUGACUUUCAUAUUAAGAUUGCUGAUUUGGGUGUCGCCUGUUUUAAAAACUGGAGUCGACUGACCAAAGAAGAGACUAAUCGACAGAGGAAACUGAAGAGUGCUUCCAAGAAUGCGUCCCAGUCCAAUGCUGGCACUCUCUUCUACAUGGCCCCAGAGCAUUUAAUAUCCCUUAACAUAAAACCUGUGGAGAAGUCAGAUGUUUACAGUUUUGGCAUUGUGCUCUGGGCAAUUUUUGCUAACAAAGAGCCAUAUGAACAUGGUAUAAAUGAAGAACAAAUUUACUAUGGCAUCACAAAUGGGAGCAGGCCAGACACAGACGAAAUUAAAGGAAGUUGUCCAGAGACAAUUAUCUCACUAAUGAAGCAGUGCUGGGAACAAAAGCCAGAGACUCGGCCAACCUUUAAAGAAAUCAGUAGCAUAUACAAGCCAUUCUACUAUAAUUGUUUAGAACAAGAUGUUGAAGAUGAAGUGAGAAAGAUAAAAAUAGAGUACCCCGCACCACCUGAAAAGAUACAAAGGAUGCAGUCCCUUCAGAUAGAUGCUGUGUCUGAAUCUCCCAGUACCACAUCCCCAGAUCAGCCCACAUCCCUACACAGUUCUCAGGGCCUUUCAGCUGGCAAUGUGAAUGAAGCCAUGUUUGCUGCCUGCCCAGAUCAUCACCCUGUUGAGAGCUGCGAGACCUCCUUGGAACCCUUUAUGAACCUAGAAAGAAAACUGCAGGAUGAAUACAACUACCAUAAAUACGGCAGCCGGAUGGAUAAGUCAGAAAGCCAACCCAUAAUGUACACUCAUGAAAUGAAAGAGGAAGAAAGGAGACGAAGGGUUUCCCAUGAUCCAUUUGCAAAACCAUCUUUUGCUCCACAAAUGAAGGAAUCGCAUGUGAAAACUGAAAACACAGGCCCAAAAGCCAGCCCUUUUAACAAGACGACCAAUUACAAUCAUUUCCGACAACAACCACCUGCAGGAAUGCCAACACAGGAAUAUUUGCCAUAUACUCCAAAUGUGACUUAUGGAGCAAGAGCUGCAGACUUCACUGCAGGAAGUACAGAGGAUCUCUAUGGGUCAGGCUCAGCCAAUACAUUUAGUCUGAAUAAGCCCCCUGUACCUGAAUCUGGCCUGGGCCAUCAACCGCAGACAUCCCCAGCUUGGUUUCCAAAAAGCCUGCAGACAGAGCCAGGUAAAAUACAACCCAGUCAGUUUAAGAGAAAGACUUUUGAAUAUUUUUCAGCGGUCCCUGUAGUACAACCAAAAAGCAUAGAAGGAGAUAUAUACAUACAUAACAGUGCUGGGAUUCAAAUUGGAAGAAACAACCACAUGAAGAUUGAAGAUCAGAAUCUAUACGUAAAGAGUUGUUCUGUUGGUGCACAAAACUCACGCGCAGAUUAUGAACGAACGGGUAUAUUUGACAGCACCACUAUCCUCUCUGAGGAGCACUUGAAUCUAGUGAGAGAGAACUUGGCUAAACAGUGGAAAGACUGCGCUCGUAGACUGGGUUUCACUAAUCCAGAUAUUGAAGUAAUUGACCAUGACUAUGAACGAGAUGGACUAAAAGAAAAAGUUUACCAAAUGCUGCAAAACUGGCUCAUGAGGGAAGGUUCCCAAGGGACUACAGUUGGAAAGCUUGCCAGAGCCCUCUAUGGAUGCCGGAGAUUAGAUCUCCUUAAUGCUUUGAUAAAAAUGAACCAGAGAUAGGCUGACUGGAAACUUUGAGGAAACUGAUAUGGUAUUUUACCUGAAGAACCUUUCAGUGAUAGCACAAAACUGUUCUGAAAUACCACCAUCAUACAAGACAUUUCUGGACCAAAGAUUCUCCUGCCAAGCAGUAUUAAGUGAAAAUAUCCUAUAGCUCAAAACAUUUAAAACUGCCCUCAUGGGGGGUGGGGGGUGUUACUGUAUUUGUUUUAUGAAUUAAUUUUCCUGAGGUUUAAAAAAAGAAAAUCAAAAUACAUAACCCUACAGGAAAAACUAAGUGAUAAAAUAAUAUGGGGAGUGUCAGUUUGGGGAGUAUUUGUACAUCAGUCUUUCACAGAGCUUUUGGACUGCUAUCUUAAAACAUAUUUCUAGCUAUAUUCAGAGUGCCUUGGUGAUGCCUAAAAGGAGCAUAUCAUAUACGCAAAGCUAACACAAUCAGUGCAAGUGUGUUAAAUUGGUUCACUUUUUGAAAGUCCUGGAUGGAAAGCAAAACAAACUCUGUUGUUCCUAAGCAGAGAUGAUAAUCACAAAAAGUCAUCAUGGCACACAUUGCUUUAUAUCGAUUAUAUUGGUUUUUAUAAAUGCACUUUUUAUUACUUUUAUUGAAUACAAAAGUUUAAAGCUAUGCAAGAUAUUGGUAGGAAUGAAAAUAGAUUGGACACAGUAGUAUGUACAUUAGCAUUAAAGAGCCUUUUCUCACAGAUUUAUGACAACUGCAUUGAACAAAUUCUAUUUUCUGUUCUGUGAUAGGAAUAAAUUGAAGAGAAGGUACGAAGUCUACUUUAUGAAAUAUAAUCUGUACCCAUGCCUAAAUGAGAAUUUGGACUGUGCAAUGUUCUGAGUAUCAAUCAGGGCAUUUACAGAACCAACAAGGAAGAAUUAUUGUCCCAUACAUUUGUGCAUACUUGCCACAAAUAUUUAAACCUAAAUUGGACCUUCUUUGACGAAUAGUAGUUCUAAUUUCACCUAAAACCAAAAAACAGAACGUCUAGCAAACUUUUUGAGACAGCUGUUUCUUCCUUUGCAUACAGGAUUGUAAUAAUGCGUUACCCUCUCACUAGCCAUGUCUACAUUAGCGGUGCCACUGCUACUUGUUCCUGGGGAACACCCCCCAUGCCACAUGCACUGUGGCGUGCAGCAGGUUACCUCGGGUGGGCUAGAGGAGGCUGGGGCCAGCAACUGUGCUGGCUUCAGCAACUUUACCUGGGGUCCUCUGGGAGCUGCAGCCAUCGUGCUCCUGCAGCAGGGAGCCUGGCAGCAGCUGGAACAUAGCUUUGCCUGGGCAGGCUCUGAUUUUGGGCUGUGCACUGCAGUGAACCGCCCUCCUUUUUUUCAGUGUGGGGUUUUUUUGAUCCCAGGAUCUCCCAGGGUCAAAAAAAAAAAACCAACAAACUAAACCCACAAACAAAAAACCCCCAACGCUGCAAAGCAGCAGCAUGGGGGAAUGCCUGCGUGUGUGGUGUGUGCCACAUAAAGCACGUCCAUGUUCAUCUGGAUGCAGCCGCUGAUGGCAGAAAGCUACUCGGAGUUCUCAUAAAAGCCUAGUUCUAACAGGCUUUAAGCUAACUGCUUCUGAAAUAAGAACUAGACAUUUUAGCAAUAGCAAGACAAAAAAUGUGAUUAUAGCAAGUAUUAUCAAACCGUGCUAACUUUAAAGUACUUAUCACAAACAACAAUAGCAGUAAAAGUGCCAGGACAUUGGCUUUCAUAUACACUACAACCAGAACCCCCAGAAAGACGUUACUCCGAUUGCUAACAAUUUUUCAAAACAUGCUACCAAGUCUUCAUUGCUAUCACUCCCUGCGUUAGGUAGGCUAAAGCUAGCAUGGUUACCUUGGCCUAUGCUAAAAUCAUACCUUAAUUUUGUAGCAUAGACAUACUGUAUGCUUUACAAUCCUUAGACUAGAGCAGAGCUUUCCAAACUGUGUGCCGCGACACAUUAGUGUGUCGGUGGCAGUGUGUAGGUGUGUCACGUGAAAUGCAGAAAAUUUUGCGGAAGGGCACCGCAGAGCUCCCUUACUCGCGUCUGCUUCCCUUGGCCCCUCCCCCGGAACUGAAUUACUGUGUCGCGAAAUGAUGCACGUCUAAAAAGUGUGUCACCAACAUGAAAAGUUUGGAAAGCUCUGGACUAGAGUGUAUUAUGCCAACUUGUAAUUUGGAACUAGAAAUGUACUGACUUUUCUGUUCUUGAAUGCACUAGAAACACAGGGCGUUGUUCUGUGAUGAAUUGGGGAAAAGCACAUGGGAGGGAGAAUGUUCUCAAGACCUUGUAGUGUUGCACCCUGCUGAAGUCUGCAAUUCAGCUCCCCUUUAGUCAAGCACAACAAAAAUGGGUCUCCAGUCACUUAACCUUCACUUCUCCCAGGAUCCACAUGAAUCUUCUUUGACUCUGCUCCUAUGGUUCAACCUUACCCUCCUGAGGUUUCCUCCAGCUCCAGCUGAAGGAUUCUUAUUAUGGGACACCAGCAUAACAGGCUAGCACAAGAAUAUCUGUAUAUAUUAUUUUAAAUUUAGGGCCAACUACUGGCUUCAGAUAAACUAUUCAGGACACUGACUAAUGUAGAGGAUAGGAACAAUUCAAGAAAACCAGUGCCUACUGGAGGAGUUCAUAUAGGGGAGGGAAAGAAAAAUGAUAGCACCUUUCUAUGUUCUGUCCACAAGUCAGAUUCCUUCCACUUGCAAACAAACAUCAGGGUAGUAGUUUGUGCCUAAAAAGAUGAGUUAUAUCUUAGACAUACAGAAUAACAAUGAAAUAUUUCUGGCUUAUAUUUAAAUGUCACUCUUCAGAGGUAUACCAUCAUAUUGAGAUUAGCAUGAGACCAUUCAAAUCUUUCAGAGCUAUGAUUUCAAGCUCUCUGUAGAUCCAAGCAGACAGUACAGGUGCCAGUUACAUUUGUUUUCAAGGUUUCUCUUCAUCACCAGGCUAAUUAGUGACCCAGUUCAGACUUGUGAAGCACAAGAGUCAAUAAAAAAAACUUGAUAUUUUCCCAUUGAAAGUUAAAGGUG